AGACUGAUGAGGUCAUAGGUACUGAUGAGGACAAAGAGGGAGAUAUUGUUGAGGGGAUGGAGGACGACGUGAUAACUGAUGAGGACAAAGAGACUGAUGAGGUCAUAGGUACUGAUGAGGACAAAGAGGGAGAUAUUGUUGAGGUGAAGGAGGAUGUAACUAAUAAGGGCAUAGAUACUGAUGGGGACAACAGUGAUGAGGGCAAAGACGUCGGUGUGGACGAGGAGACUGGGAGGAGUAGGACGGGAUUAGGCUACUACGGGCUCUUCCAGCUGUCUGACAGGUACUCUUGUGAUCCUGGUUCCGGCUGGUCUUUCAACAAGUGCAACACAGACUGCGAAGCCUUCAUAGAUGACAACAUAAUGGAUGAUAUUGACUGCUUCGUGAACAGCGGAACCUGGUUGAGUUUGCUGAAGAAGCCCAUCGGCCAGUGUCACAGGAACAAGAACUUCUUUGACAAAUGUGAAUGAGCAGCUGAGACAUUUUCUGCAGGCGGGAUGUCAAACCGUCGUUCUUCAUCUCCCC